AUGCCGCUCCUCAUUUCACUGUCAGCAAUUUUGCCAGCAGGUGUGGUCUCCGUUCUCGUGGCCUGGCACAAGUAUCUGGUAAGAGAUUGUUCGACAGCACCCAGGUGGCAGGAACGAACACUAGCCCACUCGGCACUCCAUCGUAUGCAUAUGGAGAGCGAUACAGCUUCGCUCACAAGAGCGCCACAGAAACUGCUUGCCUACAUGCGGAAGUAUACGAUUAUCGCAUGUCGGUUUAAUUGGGACGGUUGCAACCACUGGGCCGGAAAGCUUUCGCCCGACGGCAGUGAAGCCUGUCAACCAGCCAGGUAUGCGAAUACCACACCUCCAAGAUCGCCGCUCAAGGAGCUCCUUGCAGUGGUGUCUCUGAAUCCUUCAGGCAUUGGCGCGGACGCCAUGCGAUUCCUUGCGAGCUCGUACAUGUUCUUGCUUCGACGUUACGAGCUUCAGCACACGCGGCUGCUUGCCAUCAAUAUCAUCCUUUUCAUACUUUGCACCGCCCAGUCGACCUGCAUUAUUCUCGUCAAGUUUGCUACAGAGAAUUCCGAGUCACUCGAUAUCCAGAGGCUCGGUGGAAAGAAGCAUACACGAGCAACGUCCUGCUGGAUAUCAAUAACUUGUCAAAUACAACUGCAAACUUCAUUGCAGAUGGACUGCCUGUGGGUUCUAGCUACGAGUGCCAGUGAUAUCGACGACAACUUCCCCACGCUUAUCAGAUAUGGAGAUGCUAUAAGAUAUGGGAGCACCGAAGCUCAAUUGUGGCCCUACCCGCCAUUAUCCUUUUGGCAGAAACAGACCCCAGUGUCCUCCGCAGCAUGUGGAAUGGCGGUUUUCGUCACAGGGGUUAUGAUGACGAAGAUUCAGUACCACAUGAGGCCAACGGAGUCCUUACCGGAGCCACUGUGGGACAGGCUUAACCGAACUGCAAGCAAUGCCAACACAGCAUAUUGGGCUGCCUCAUUCAUCGUCAAUUCAAUCAUGACGAUACUCAUCGGCGCGAGGAUUUGGUGGCAGACUCGUGGAUACAGUGACUCAUCGAUCAAAAUAGAAGGAAGGAAACACAUCCGAGUAACGUUGAUAAUCCUGGAAUCCGGGGCUGUCUACUCGUUACUGUUUUUCCUGUCCGUCAUAUUUACAGCACUCUCUGAUGAUUCCUUUGGCCAGAUUCCCGCGGGUAUUCCAUGUCGCAAUAUCCUCGGCGAGGCCGAAUCUGACGCUCGUGACAGGCUCAUACACUUUUCGCGAUUAAUGGCCAAGUUGUCAAUCUCAGUUCCGCCGUCCGACGAAGAAAUCAAGGGUAUAUUCCCGACCGCCAUCCUAGUCCUCGUGGGCUUGCGGCUUGCCGUAGAGAAGGUCACUCGUAAGGUGGAAGGGACCUUCUCCAUGCCGGUUUUAGGCACGAUGCCGACGCGCCUCUAG